AUGCCGAAUUGGACAAAGCUUUUCUCCAACUCGGAACGGAGACAAUUCCCCGAGGUUGUCGUUCCACUUGCCCAUGGCUCCGCAACAAAAGAUGCUUACACCAAUGACAACUCCAACUCUGGCCUCGACCGAUCCUCUUCUCAGGAAAAGGGCGUUGCUGGUUCCGUGGCAACUGGCGAACUGACGCUGGAAGCUCUCAGGGCCGAGAUCAUGGCUGAUAUCGAAGCCACAGGCCAUGAUACUGUUUAUGAUCGCAAGGCAAAGAUUAUUAACAGAGCAAUCCAGGACAUUGGCAUGGGACGCUACCAAUGGGGUCUGUUCGUGCUCUGUGGAAUGGGUUGGGUUGCCGACAAUCUUUGGUUGCAGGGAGUUGCCCUCACCCUGACCCCAAUUGCCACCGAAUUUGGUAUCUCUGAAAAUGAGUCUCGAUUCGCAACAUGCUCUCUCUUUGUUGGUUUGAUCAUUGGUGCCUCGUUCUGGGGUAUUGCCUCCGAUGCUAUUGGAAGACGUCCAGCUUUCAACAUGACGCUUUGCAUUUGUGGAACCUUUGGUCUCGCCGCUGGAGGUGGGCCUAACUGGGUUGGAACAUGUGCUUUGUAUGCCUGUUUGGGUCUUGGAGUUGGUGGCAACCUGCCCGUUGAUGCUGCUGUCUUCUUGGAAUGCCUGCCUCCCAAUUCAACCAACAUUCUGAGUGGUCUAGCUACGUGGUGGUCUGUCGGUACUUUGAUUGCCAGUAUGCUUGCCUGGGCUUACAUUCCCAACUUCUCUUGUGAAAGUAUGGAAACAUGUACCAAGGCAGACAACUGGGGCUGGAGAUACCUCGUCUUGACACUCGGUGCUAUCACGUUCGCCAUGUUCCUCUGCCGUUUCUUCCUCUUCACUCUUUACGAGUCCCCCAAGUUCUUGGUUUCCCGCGGUCGUCAGGAUGAGGCUGUGGCUGCCGUGCAAGGAAUUGCCCACAAGAACAAGACCACCACCUGGCUCACCGAGGAGAUCAUGAACGAGAUCGGUGGAUAUCCCGAGGAGCACAAAAAGCAAUCUCUGUCCACCGUAGAGAUCAUCAAACGGUCCCUUGAGAGAUUCUCCGUUCAACAGAUCAAGCCCUUGUUCAGAACUCGACGCCUCGCCAUUUCCACAAUCCUGAUCUGGUUCUGCUGGACAUGCAUUGGAAUGGGCUACACCCUUUUCAAUGCCUUCCUCCCUCAAUACCUGAGCGCCAAUUCCUCCACCUACAUCACCUACCGCAACUACGCCAUCACAGCAGUCUGCGGAAUCCCGGGACCGCUUCUUGGCUGGUACACCGUUGAUAUCAAAUACAUCGGCCGAAAGGGCACAAUGGCCGCCUCAACCCUCAUCACCGGCGUCUUACUCUUCUGUUUCACAGCUACCAAGGACCCCAACAUUCAGCUCGUCUGCUCCGCCCUGGAAUCCUUUUUCCAGAUGAUCAUGUACGGUGUCUUGUAUGCCUAUACCCCCGAAGUAUUCCCUGCUCCCAACAGAGGUACCGGGUCCGGUAUUGCUAGCUGCUUGAACCGUAUUGCUGGUCUUAUGGCUCCGAUUAUUGGCAUUUAUGCUAGUACUGAUCCUAUUGCGCCUAUUUAUGCCGCUGGUGCUCUCAUCUUGGCCUCCUUUGUCGCAAUGUGUUUCUUGCCCAUUGAAACUCAAGGAAAGCAGGCCAUGUAA